AUGCAGCCGAGGCCAGCCCAGGACGCCCUCUUCUGGCUUCUGCUCCCAGCACAGCGCCGGCCUGCAGCUCUGAACCCUACCGCCAACGGUGCGGCGCGCGGCCGGCCGGAGCGUAUCCUCGCCGGCUAUCCGGCGCCGCCACCAGGCACCGUCUUCCGCAACUCCAUACCUUCGGGUGCUCACUCCUCCGGGCCCCGACCUCAAGACCGUGUCGGCCGCUCGGCGGAGCCCGUGAAUCCUCAAUCCUCAGGGCUCAGGCUGUCCACUUCCUCAAGACCACUCAGCAUGGACUCCCUUCAUCUUGUGCACGUCAAGCUUCUGGCUGCCGACCUUCUCACGCUCACCCCCCGACAUACAUCGCCGGCUUCCUUUGUUCGCUGUGGCCGUACAGUUGCUCGUGCCGAGGUUGUCGGGAUCGUUGUUUCACGUGACCGCAGGGAGAAGUUUCUCCGCUUCCUGGUUGAUGAUGGCACUGGCUGUAUACCGUGUGUCCUGUGGUUGAACCACCGGUACCUGAAUGCAAACAGUUCAUCCGAUUCUGAUCCAACUGGAGAGAUGGCAUUGAAAAUGUCGGAGGUGGUACGCCUGGGCACCCUGUUGAGGGUUCGUGGGAGGAUUGUCAUGUACCGUGGUGCAAUUCAGAUUGCUGCUAGAGACGUGGUUCUAGAGGAGGACCCUAAUGUGGAGGUUCUACAUUGGUUGCAUUAUUCAUUAAAGGCAUACAUGGUUAAACUCAACUCGAAACAUGCAAGUCUUGCUGAUGAUAUGAUUUAUCCAGCGGUUAUAUGUCUCCAGAAUAUGCAAUGGAAGGCCUCUUUUCUGUUAAGUCUGAUGUCUAUAGCUUUGGAGUAUUGCUCUUGGAAACUGCAUGGAGUCUAUGGAGGGAAGGGCUGGCAAAAGAUCUUGUCGAUCCAUCUGUUUCAGAGAGCUGCUCGGAUGAAGAAGUUUUGUAUUGCAUUCAUGUCGGGCUCUUGUGUGUUCAGGAUGACUCGGAUGCGAGACCACCCAUGUCAACGGUUUUAA